CUUCGAUCAACAGAGCAAAGCAGACGUGAUUCACGGAUCAACAAACAUUUAAGAAAAAUUCUUAUCCCAACAUAACAUACAUACGAUCGAAUUGAAAUUUUAAGUUUGAAGAAAUAUUCGAUCAACUUACUUUGCCCACUACUGAUUCUAUUACGGAGCAUAUUUAUUUUUUUUCUCAUCGAACGAACGUAAUCAAGAAUGCUUGAACAACGUAGCAAAAACUUCCUUCAGUUGUUUUCAAAGUGAAUUUCAAAGUUUAUUUUGUCAAUGGACAUUGGAGGACUUUGUGUAUAAGUGAAUUUCGUUCAAUUCGGUUAAGUUUGCAAAGAGAAAAUAAAAAGCGAGGAAGAAAAAAAUUGAACAGUGAAAUAUAGUUGGAACAUUGAACAAUCAUGUGCUUUCGGUAAAAAUAGUGUGUUAAACCAAGCGCAAAACAGAUAACCGAAAACAUAGAGCAAAUUGACAAAAAAGCUCGAAAAUUGUAUUUUGUGUGAAAAAAAAGAAAGAGAAUAUUUAGUAAUGUAUAAAACAAAACAAAACGCAACGUUAGCAAUGGCACAGUACAAUCGAAAGAGCACACAAUCCCGGCAAACUGGCCAUUUCGUUCAAUUCGUGCUCAUGUGCAUGUUUGUGCCAAUCGCGUUAGUGCAAUCGACGACGAACACUGAAUGCACAUGGCAAACAUAUGGACAGUCGAUAAUGUGUUUUAUGCGGACAAUAGACAAUGCAAGUGCCAUUGAUUUUAGUGACGUUGAUGGUACGGCGACCACAAGCACACUAUCCAUCCACUGUGACAAUACGGUGCUCGACGAAAGUGUUAUUGCGGCCGGUUUCUUCCACAAACUGGACAAUUUAGAGCAAAUCAUCAUCGAUGGCUGUAAAUUGUUGCAUCUAAUCAAUGGUUCAUUUACCGGCUUAAGAAAUUUACGGCGCAUCGACAUCGAAACACGCAACAGUGAAUGGGGCGAUGGCAACAAAUUGGAAAUAGACAAUGGCAUUUUUGUUGAUCAUCCAAAUGUGAACGAUAUUAAAUUGACACAGAACAACCUGCGAGCGAUCCCAUAUGAGAUUUUAUGCCCGCUAAAAAGUCUCGAAUCGUUAAAUAUAUCACAUAACCGCAUCGGUUCGCUCAAUGAUUCUGGAUAUACAUGUGGCAAUGGCAAUCGAAAUCUGUUCAACGAAUUAAAAAUGCUCGACAUUAGCCAUAAUCAAUUGGUUUCGAUCGAUGGCGAUUGGACAGAAUCGAAUUUGUCACAAUUGAAAGAACUUCGAUUGCAACACAAUAAUUUAACGAAAAUUGCGAGUGGCGCAUUUCACGGUAUGCAUUCGCUCACCCAUCUGAAUCUCAGCUACAAUCAACUGGAAAGCCUUCCCACUGAUAUGCUAAAUGACACGAAAAAAUUGCAAGAAUUGCAUUUACAGAACAAUAAAUUGUACCAGUUACCAUCUGCUCUGUUCCGUGAUUUGCCCGAACUAAUGGUAUUGGAUUUGAGCAGUAACCAAUUGUCGAGCCACUACAUCGACAGUUGGAUUUUCAGCGGGGCUGAUAAAAACGACGACUUGGACAUGAGUUCAAGUGAAUCUGGCUCUGCUGCGGCUGGCCUAAAACGUUUGGUUGUUUUGAAUUUGGCAAACAACGCAUUGACCCGCAUCGAAUCACACUUUAAGACAUUGAAUUUCUUGCAAGUAUUGGAUCUGCGCAAUAACUCGAUCGGAAUUGUGCACGAGCGCGCAUUUUCGGCACUCAACAAUUUACACACCCUGAAUUUAUCCGGCAAUCGCUUGCACAUCAUCGGUGCUGGUCUCUUCAAUGGCUUACAUGUGCUGAACCGUUUAGUACUGAGCAACAACUUGAUCACACUAAUCGACACUCGCGCCUUCCGUAAUUGCACCAGCCUCAAGGAAUUGGAUUUGAGCUCCAAUCAAUUGACCGAUGUACCAGCCUCGGUGCGGGAUUUGAAAAUGUUGAAGAGCUUGGAUUUGGGAGAGAAUCGCAUUAGCGUUUUACGCAACGAGUCGUUCGAGAACAUGUCGCAACUAACUGGACUGCGACUGAUGGACAAUCUUAUUUCGAACAUCACAAACGGCAUUUUCUAUCCAUUGCGCGGUUUGCACGUACUAAACUUGGCCAAAAACAAAAUCCAAAGCAUUGAACGUGGGGCAUUUGAUAAAAACAAUGAAAUUGAAGCUAUUCGAUUGGAUAAAAAUCUACUGACUGACAUCAAUGGGAUUUUUGCCACGCUAAAUUCGUUGCUGUGGCUGAAUUUGUCCGAAAAUCAACUCGUUUGGUUUGACUACGCAUUCAUUCCAAUGAAUCUCAAGUGGUUGGACAUCCACAGUAAUUUUAUCGAAGCACUUGGUAAUUACUAUCGUCUGCAACCCGAAAUAACUGUCACCACACUGGAUGCAAGUCACAAUCGCAUCACGGAAAUUGGCUCGUUGUCAGUACCAAACAGCAUCGAAUUGUUCUUCGUCAACAACAAUCUCAUCCGCAACGUAUAUCCGAACACAUUUAUUGACAAACAGAAUUUGACUCGCGUCGAUUUGUAUUCAAAUGCCAUCACCAAAUUGCAUUUGCACGCACUACGCAUCUCCGCCAUGGCUUCCAUGAAGAAAAACACUGAAUUCUACUUGUCGGGAAAUCCAUUCGAGUGUGAUUGUUCAAUGGGUUGGCUAAGAAAUAUAAACGACAUGAGUGGAACGCAACAGCACCAACAUCCUCGCAUUAUGGACUAUGAAAGCAUUGAAUGUUUGGUAACGCACACUCGGAACACACCAGUUCGUCUACUUUCAUCGCUAUCAGCCGACGAAUUUUUGUGUCGCUACGAAUCGAAAUGCCCGGCUUCAUGCCACUGCUGUGAACACACAAAAUGUUAUUGUAAUAUCAAGUGCCCGGACAAUUGUGCAUGCUUCCACGACCAAAGUGGAGCCAUUAACAAAAUCAAUUGUGGCAAACAGAAUGCACUGCAGAUACCGGAACGUGUGCCAAUGGAUGCAACCGAUUUGUACUUGGACGGAAACAACUUUUUUGAUUUGCAAUCAAAUGUAUUCAACAAACUCCGUCAUCUACGCUCCUUGUAUUUGAACAGCAGCAAUGUGAUUUCGAUUCAACCGCACGCCUUCAAUGGCCUGAACACAAACCUUCAACGCCUUCAUUUGGAGGACAAUAAAUUGACGGCACUGUAUGGCAACGAAUUCAAUACGCUAUACCACUUGAAAGAGCUCUACUUACAAAAUAACCUGCUCACAUAUAUUGAAAACACAACAUUCCAUUCGUUGAAAUACCUGCAGAUUUUACGUUUGGAUGGGAAUCGAUUAACCGCCUUGACAGCCUAUCAGAUGCAUUCGCCCCAUUUACGCAAUUUGAAAACGUUGACGCUAUCACGCAAUUUGUGGAGCUGCAGUUGCUCUUUUCUACAAGAAUUCAUCCCGUUCGUUUGGGACAGCAAUGUCGUGGUUACGGAUUCGAACAGCAUUCACUGUGUUGAAGAUGGUGCUGGCGCUGCAAUUGAUACUAUAAAUGGCAAUGAAGAUCAGCACAAAGGGCGAAAACUACUCAUCGAUCGGAAUUUGACGAAUGAAUGCAAGAAUCUGCUUAACUCUCCGAUAAACAACGUUCUGGUUUUGCCACCCGAAGGCAUUCCACACGGAUACAUCCCACUCAUGGCAUUUAUAUUAAUUAUCUUCUUCAUUUUGGCCGUUCUUGUCGCCAUCUUCACAAUCAAAGAGCAGAUGUGUUGCAUAUACUCGUCAUCGAAUGCAUCACUAGAUAAAAGCAAUGGAAACACGGUUGGCACUACAAAAUCCGUUUACGAUGCCCUAGUGCUUACGGCCAAAGAUGACUGCGAUUACGUAAUGUUGAACAUCGUCAGCGAAUUAAAACAGAAUAAAUCACAAAUUCGCAUCGGAAUGCAGCAUAAAAAUGUGUCGGCCGCCAAAUUACUCACCGCCGCUUAUCAAUCGCGCAAGCUGGUCAUUUAUUUAACAAACAAUUUCCUGCAAACCGAAUGGAGCCGACCGGAAAUUCGUAGUGCAGUCGGUAACUCAUGGAUGCCAGGAAAAGUGAUACUUAUCCAAGCGCCAAACUUGAAUCUACAAUCAAACACCGAUCGUGAGCUGUUUAACAACGCUGGACGCGGUGUUGUGCUACUGAGAACAUGGGAAAUCGACUUUUCAUACAAAUUGGCAUAUGCCGUGGAAACGCACCCAUCACACUAUGCACCGCCCGCAACAGCACAACAAAUGCCACCAGUAGUAAUGCAACAUCCGUCAUUCAACAUGCCAAAUCAUUUACAAGAAAUUCAAUCACAAAAUAACCAACACCAAAGCUACUACAGCGGUGGUCCGAUGGACGCAUGGAAAUCAAUUACAUCGAAACAAAUGAUGAUGCCAUACAACAUCCAUUACAAUGAGCCUCAAUCACUUGAUAAGAAUGAUUCAUAUUAUUCGAGUGCGACGAACACUUCGAUUUUAUCGCGUCAGUUCGACAAGCAAACAAUCGAACACGUUUACAUUGGCAUUGAUUCGGACUAUGGUAGUGCAACAAAUGACGAACCAACGAUACAUCGUGCAACUGCACAGCCACCAACAGUCAAGCAUCUUAAGGACGGAAAUAGAAACAAUGCCAAUCCAAACAAUAGCGGCAACCAAUCAAUAGCAACUGCAACAGAUGACAACAGCAAAAUCUUACAAUCACCAAAACCGACUGACAUCGAUGAGUUAUCAAUUUGAAGAGAGAAAAAAUGAACGAAUCCUGUAUGUAUUUAUAUUAAGAUUUAAUUUUUUGCGAAACGCUUAACUACCGAACUAUCAUCAAAGCGAUCGUAUAGUUUCUAUCUAGUGAUUGUCUAUGUUUCAAAUCCACUAUUUUGCAGACAAUUUACAGUUGAAACUGACAACCGUACUUUUUUUUUUAAAACAAAAAUUGACUGAUUCAUUAUAAACCCUAAAACAUACACAAACAAAUAUUCUUUAAUCAAGCAAAAUAACAAAUGAAAUGAACCACGUAUCCAAUCAUUACGAUUCGAAUAGCACUUACGAGUUAUCAUCUUAUUUAAGUUUCAUUUGUUUGUUAGCAUCUGUGAUAUACGUUUCGUAAGCAUAAUUAUAGAAAAAAUGUAUUAUAUUACAAUUAUUAUGAAUCGUUAGGGAAAUCAGUUAAUUUCAUUUAUCUUUGUAUAAAGAAACAUUUGUUCCUCGUUAUCACUUUAUUUAACUCGCAUAUCACUUUGGAUGCGUGAAAUACGAAAUGAAAAGAAAUAAAUAAGGUUUUGGAAUCGGCAAAGAAGUCAAUGAUCAAUCAUAAAACAUGUCAUAAUUUUAAUACCUAUAAAUAUUAAGAAAUUGAGAUAAGAAAAACUGUGUAUUUAAAUUUCUAUCUGUAGGCCUUUAUUUUUAUAUUUGACGAAAGAAGAAACUAAAUAAAAAAAAUUCCAAUAAAUUCAAAAAAGAAAAAAAAAACGUUUCCAACUCUUCUUUCUUCAGUGGUAUGUACUGUUAAGCGUAUGUGACCGCACUGAUCUCCGAUGGCAUUAGGUUAUUAU